AUGUUGAACUUGUAUAAGAUACCUGCGAUACCUCAGCUGGAGUAUUGUAUACCGCACUGGGUAACACACUACAGGCAAAAACAGCAUCUGAGCAAAAGAUCCUUAAAUGCUGGUGACCUCCUGCGUUUCUUCAAACACCCAGUGGCAAAAACCAGGGUUGCUGUGCUGUCAGCAGAGUACAUGGAACACACACUGCGCCUCAUUCAGCAACAUGUCCAUCGAGUCCACAAAUGCUCACUGAAUGCAACAGAUUUGUUAACACCGAAUGACUUAGACACAAUUGCAAGUAUCACAGGCUGUCUAGCCAUACGUCAGUCCCCAAUAUGUAAAUACAACUGUUUCUCAGACCAAUACAGGACCUUCACCUCAGUGUGCAACAACAGGAUGAAACCUCGCCUGGGAUCAUCCCACACUGCACUCACUCGAUGGCUCCCACCUCGCUAUGAGGAUGGAUUUUCACUUCCACUGGGCUGGACUCCAAACAAGCGAAUAUUAAGAUUCCCUCUGCCACUGGUUCGCAAAGUAUCAAAUACAAUCCUGAGAACACCCAAUGAAGCCAUAGUCAUGGAUACAGAAAUUUCUCACAUGCUAAUGCAGUGGGGUCAAUGGAUUGAUCACGAUAUGAGCUUAAGCCCUCAUUCUGGCAGCAUGCAGACCUUCAAUGAUGGCAUUGACUGUGAAAGAACCUGCGCUCAAAGAAAUCCCUGUUUCCCAAUACGGAUCCCUCGAGGUGACACAAGAAUCAAGAACCAGAGUAUAUGCUUGCCGUUCAUCCGGUCAGCUCCUGCAUGUGGCAGCGGUGAGCUGGGCUCAUUAUUUGGAGGUGUCAACACUCGGCAGCAGAUGAACGUACUUACAUCUUUCAUUGAUGUGAAUGAAGUCUAUGGCAGCACGGACUGUGUGGCCAAGAAACUCAGAAACCGCACUAAUGAACUUGGUCUGUUGGCUGUCAACACGGAAUACUCUGACAAUGGGCGAGAAUAUUUACCAUUUAACACCAUUUCAAGCAACCUUUGUGGAAGUAUGGGGGAAAGUUGUUUCACCAGUGAAAAUUCAACUCCGUGUUUUAUAGCUGGGGAUGUACGUGUCAAUGAACAACUGGCAUUGACAGCUACGCACACCGUAUUUCUUCGAGAACACAAUCGUUUAGCGAGAGAGUUGAAGAAGCUGAACCCUCACUGGAGCGGAGAAACAACCUACCAGGAAGCGAGAAAAAUCCUGGGAGUUUUUCAACAGAUAAUAAACCACAGAGACUAUGUUCCCCUGGUAAUCGGAAAGGAGGCAACAAUGAAAUAUCUCUCACCUUAUGAAGGCUAUGAUGAAUCUAUCGAUCCUGGUAUUGCCAAUGUUGUCUCCACAGCAGCUUUCCGUUUUGGACAUCUCAUGAUUAACCCAAAGCUAUUCCGUCUUGAUGAAAACUACCAGGAACACCCACAAUUCAAAAGCCUUGACCUGCACCAGGCUUUCUUCACUCCCUGGAGACUGAUCAAGGAAGGUGGAGUCGAUCCCCUCAUGCGAGGGUUGUUGGGCAGACCAGCCAAACUGCAGAGACAGGACAAGAUGUUACCAGACGAAUUGCGGGAGAAACUCUUUGAACUGACUGCUCAUUUAGGAAUGGACCUGGGUUCCCUGAAUAUGCAGCGUUCCCGGGAUCAUGGACUCCCAGGUUACAAUGCUUGGCGAAGAUUCUGUGGCCUUUCAGCACCCAGAAAUCAGGAUCAGCUCUCUAAGGUCCUCCGCAAUACUGCUUUAGCAAAGAAACUCAUUGACUUGUAUGGAACUCCAGAAAAUAUCGACGUGUGGUUAGGGGCAAUCUCCGAACCCUUCGUAAAAGGUGGCAGAGUGGGCCCUUUGUUGGCUUGUUUAAUAGGACAACAAUUCAAGAAUCUGAGAGAUGGAGACAGAUUCUGGUGGGAAAAUGAUGAAACAUUUCCUGCCCACCAGCGUCAGGCUCUUAAAGACAUCUCCUUGUCCAGGAUAAUCUGUGAUAACACAGGGAUUCAGUUCCUUCCUCAGAAUGCCUUUAAAUUCCGUCCAUUCCCAAUUGGAUAUGUAAACUGCAGUGAGAUCCCACAGGUCGACCUGAGUGCAUGGAAGGAAGAUUUACAAGUGACUCCUUGUGGCUCAGUUCCUCUUGUUGACCACGGCCACUUCUCCAUCUGUAAGUCUUCAGUCAGGUAUAGCUGUAAGUCUGGAUAUGAACUGGUGAGAGGAGACACGAUAACCUGUCUGAGUAAUGGGCAGUGGAACCGAGAACCACCCGGCUGCAAAAAUGGACACGGAAUCCAGUGAAUCGUGACUUCCAAUGGUUGGCACAGAGUCCAAAAGAUUAAAAAUAAAAACAAAAAACAGAAAUUGCCACUGCCAUCAUCUGAGUGCUAAUCUGUGAUGAGGUCACCUCUCAAAUCCUCCUCCCCCUUCCUUCACCGUCCCCCAUCAUACACAUUCCAAUCUCUUAUUGAUCUUCCCUUUCUGUAAAUGUUAGCACUAGCUUGAAGCUUAGAUGUUACAGUUUAAAAUCAGAA